AUGCAAGUCAUCAUCGUCAACAAUGCACAGAGGCUCGCAAACUCUUCAACAGCAUCGGCAACAAGUACCAAUACAAACAUCCGCAAGAAAGCUCUCACCCCCGCACUCGCCGCCGAUAUCUUCUCACAGAGGUCCCUCAAGCCCGGCUAUGCUACCGUCGAGAGCUCCUUCGUUGCAAGGAUGUACGGGGUCAGCUCCAAGACCGAGGAGAUAGAGUCUGCAGGGAUAGGACCAGCGAGCAAGCAAGGACGGGAGCUCGAGCGACUCCUCUUCUCCGAAGGACUGCAAGGCAGAGGGAGCGAGGACGGCAGCAAGCAAGCGACAGGCUCGCGGAGCUCCGCGACGAGCGCAAGAGGCUCGAGCAAGGGGUUCGUGGAGACGAGCAGCGGCACAUUCUCCUGCACGCGCCGACUUGAAGCCGGCGACUCACCGCCCGAGGGCUCGAGCAGCCCGGGCUCGGGCUUGGAGCCUCAGUCCUCGAGGUCGUCGUGCUCGUCUUCGGCGGGUUGCAGGGAGCGAAGCCAUCGUUGCACGGCCAAGAGAAACAAGACCGUAACUUAUCCUUGGUCAGACUCAGAAUCGAGCAACGGCUGCCCCUCCACCUCGUCGGAAGGAGGGAAGCGUAGAGGAAGCCGAAGGGAUGCAGAUCAGAAGAAGGAGGCCCAAGGAGAGUCCCGGAAGCGUCUACGGAAAGCAUGCACACGGGAGGGACAAAAGUCGCUGGUAAACAUGCUUCUGUCCCAGCGGAGGACGGGGCGGCCAGAAGCAGAGAUUUUGGGGCUGCUGAGACGGCUGACAAAUUAUCAGGACGAGAUCCUGGAGCAGCAGCAGCUUAUGCUGGACAACUUAGACCGAAUUUUGCGAGCAUUAGCUUGA